AUGCGACAGAUGAUGAGAAAUUUUUCUGAACCUUUUGGAAGAGACAUGUUCAGCAUCUCUGAUUGUAGAGGAAGAGCUUGUAACCAUACGAGACAUGAGGAUGGAGAAAACUCCUUGACUUGUACAGAUGUCAACCCUCUUCAGGCAAUGGACCAAAUAAUGUUAAAUAUACAAAACAGUAUGCAGGAAUUACAAAGAAACUUUGGUCACUUUUCAAUGGAUCCAAAUGGACAUUUGUUUAGUUCUUCCUCAAUUAUGACUUAUUCCAAAGUAGGAGAUGAACAACCAAAGGUUUUCCAGACCUCAACUCAAACUCGCAGGGCUCCAGGAGGAAUAAAGGAAAGUAGGAGAGCACUGAGAGAUUCUGAGAGUGGACUAGAAAAAAUGGCUGUUGGUCAUCACCUUCAUGACCGAGCUCAUGUCAUUAAAAAGUCAAAGAACAGCAAGACUGGAGAUGAAGAGGUCAAUCAAGAGUUCAUCAAUAUGAAUGAAAGUGAUGCUCAUGCUUUUGAUGAUGAGUGGCAAAAUGAGAUUCUGAAGUACAAACCAAGUGGACAAUGGCUCAAUCUAGAAAACUCUGGGAUGUGA